CUAUUGGAUGGGAGUAUGAGGCGCAGAAAAAUAAAAAAUAUUGAUCAAAAGAGUUUAUAUUUGAAAUAACUGAUUUAUGGUAAAUUCUGUAUUGCUUUGGACCAUUCUCUAACAGGAGCUGAUAGAUAUAAAUGAUAUGAGGUAUUUCCGGGCCACAGAAAUAAUACACUUUUUAUUUAUUUAAAAAAUACACUUACAUUGUUCACUACGCAAACUCCAUAUAUUUCAAUAGGUAAAUAAAUCAACAAUACAUAUGCUAUUUGUAAAAUGUUUGUAUUUAUUAGAUUUAUUAAGCACAAUUAUUUGUAAAAUUCUAUGAUGUGCGGCAAUCAACAAAAAAAACAAAUAACUAAAAGUAAUAUUAUAAUUCAUUUUAAAAUCCGUGGAAACGUUUGCGUCAUUCCCCUUCCGGGUCCACAUUGACAAAACAAAAGACUUUCGAUGGUUAAUAAACAUUGUUGUUAGGUUCAUGUUCGCUUUCAGUAUUUUAUUAUGAUUAAACAAAGAUUAUACAAUUCUUAUAAUAUUGAAUUAUAAAUUAAUUUAACACAUGCCCGGUCUGCUGAUGGCGUGACGGUCGUCCGAUUACCGUAACUAUUUUAUAAUUACUUCCACUUCUGUCGCGCAUAUAUAUUCACAGACUUUACAAUUAAAUCAAACACUCUCUACUAUUUCCUAAACUAGAGCCGUAAAUACAAAAUCAUCAGGACUGGGCAAGAAAACCGAAAUAAAAGAAUCAAAGCAUGUUUGCAAAUAUGAUGGGUCCACGAUCUUUGUUUUAUUACGGUAUCUCGUCUCGAAGGCGUUCCUGUUUCAACAUGAGCGCUUCGGUACAGAUGACACAUGUGUAUAUGUGCGAGUAAAUGAAGGUAAACCAUGUCACCAGCUGAACCGAGCAUUGUUCUGCUAUUCAGUGGAAAACGAAAAUCAGGGAAGGAUUAUGUGACUGACUUGAUGCAAAAAAGACUGACUUCAGAAAUGUGCUGCAUAAUCAGACUGUCUGGACCUCUCAAACAGCAGUAUGCUCAGGAUCAUAAUUUAAGUUAUAAGGAGCUCUUGGGUUCUGGUCAGUAUAAGGAGAAGUAUCGGGCCGACAUGAUUCAUUGGGGUGAGAUGAAGAGGCGGGAGGACUCUGGCUUCUUCUGUAGACUGGCCAUUCAAAAUGCCAUACAACCAAUCUGGAUAAUCAGUGACUGUAGAAGAUCAUCAGAUGUGCACUGGUUUCAUAAGGAGUUUCCUGAUAAAUGCAUCUGCAUUCGUGUUGAAGCGUCUGAGAAAACACGAUCACAGAGGGGCUGGAGUUUUACUGCAGGUAUAGAUGAUGCUGAGUCUGAGUGUGGUUUAGAUGAAGGAGUAAAGUUUGACUGGAUCAUUCAGAACGAUGAAGAUGAUGUUCUGGAGAAACAGCUGCAAGGACUUCUGUCACUGGUUAAAUCACGGGAGACCUCACAAAGGAUUCAACUAACUUGAUAAAGAUGUUUCACAGAUCUUAACUCUUCUUUGAAGCCACAUGUAGUUAUGCAAACUAAAUCUAUUCUUUUACAUAAAUAUGGCAAUACUACAAGCUAACCGCAACCAAUUUCCUUAAAGGUGCCAAGGAAUGCAUUGAAAUAAUCUGUUAAAUUGUUCUCUGAUAUCUACAUAGAAUGUAUGUGGCUUUAUCAAGUGCAAAAAGUUUUGCAUUUUAUGAUGGACCUGCAAAACGUAACUGUAAUGUCAAUAGUAGAAAUUCAGGCUGAAUGUUAGCAUGUAGCAUUAACUAGCAUAUAGCGCUAACUCAGCAGUCACAUCUUUGUUUUUCACAUUGUAACAACACGGUACUUAAUAUAAUGUGCAAUUUAAUGUUGGGGGGUGUACAGUCUCGACUGUAACGUCAAUGUUGGUGUAAUGUUGAGAUUGGUCUGUUUUCCAGCAGUCUUACAUGAGGUUUACAUAAGAAUGAGGACACAAUCAUGUUUGAGGCUCAUGAUAUGUCAUUACCAUGUACAAAGCUCUUAUUAUUCAUCUAUGCCGAGGUAAAUACAGUUUUACAUUUUACGGCACCUUUAAGCCUAAAAUAUUUAUUUUAAUAUCUCAUAGUCAGGUGGCAAGGUGCAAGAAUUGGCUUUUUUACGCAAAACAAUGAGGGUUUGUAAGGAUGAUGCUGUUAAAACGAUUAUGAGUUUAACUUUCAGGACAAGUAGUACUGCAGUGUUGAUGGAUUCUGAUGGCAUUAAAUUUAGCUGUAAUUCAUGUGUUAAAUAGUAAUACUAGGAUGUGUACCAACAUUAUCACAAAGCUCAGGAUCAACGUGUGCUGUUCAUGGCUCUACAACCAGCAAAACUUCAUUUGUGGCUCAAAGGAAAGCACAACACACAAACCUAAACAUUUGUGCUGCUCUUGUAAACAGCAUUCUCUCUUUUUAUGAAAGAGUUUAUAUCAAGGAAAUAGACGAAGUAUAAUUAAUGUGUUUAAAAGAUGUUUUCAAUCAUCAGGAUUCAUAAAGGGUCUUGAAACUUGAAAAAAAUAUAUAUAUUUUAGUUUGUGUGAUUUCAGUGUUUAAAAUUUUUAUUUAUUUGUUAUUAUUUCUUAAUCUGGAAUCUUAGGUAUAAUUUUAAUGAACAUUCCUCUUUGUAAUUUUAACAAUAACUGGCUGGAAGAUGAUGAGUACAAACUUGUGGUUGUGUUGAGGAUAAACAGACAGAAAUGUACACUACCCUCCAAAAGCUAAGUGCAGUAACUACGCAAACACUGAAACUGAGAAAAAUGCCCUUAAAGUUUUUAAACCAGCCAGUCAAACAUGUUACUGCAAUGUUGGCACACACAAUUCUCUGAAAUGUGACAAAAUUGAACCAGAAGACACAAAGACCAUUUCAUCCCGUAACCAAAUGCAUAGUUACUGUGCUUUGCCUUUGUAGGGCAGUAUACUGCUCCAUAUGCAAAAAAGACUGACAUGUUCGGUGUGAGAAUUUGUCCACAUGAGCUGUUGCAAAGAUUUUAUUUUAAAAUUAAAAUAUUUGAUAUCAAAUAAAUAUGUAAUCAUG